CGACAAAGGAACCCUCGGCCGCUCCAUCAGGCGCGAGCAAGCGCGGAAAUCUGAAUAGAAUAACCCUGAGAAUAAGGUCGAGAUUCUUACCAAGUGAGUGCAAUCCCCCAACCCCAGCGAUUGGAUGAGUUCCUCGUCGCAAUUGUGAAAUGUUAUGAUAAUCUGUUCUAUGAUUCAACCUUCUUAACGCUGCAUAUCAUUCGCAAACUCAUGCGCUUUGCUGACCAUCGUAAUUGAAACAGGAUGCCUUCUACUUUCCGCGACGAUUCAAUCAUCAUCAUCGCACCGGGUUCUAAGACGACAUGGGCGCUCUCCGGUCUUCCAGAGUCCUAUGGCCCUCCCCAACAUCAAUUCCGUACCUGCAUGUUCAAGGACCGCGAUGACAAGUGGAGCCCGGUCCGCUACCGUCUCAAGCCUGGAGGCACCGAUAUCAACAACGACGACGAUGUGGAAGAAGACCCCACCUCUACCGAGGGCGCAUGCUGGCCUAUCCAAAAUGGCAUUAUUGUGAAUAUGGAGUGCCUCGUGGCCUUGCUCACUCACGUCUAUAACUCAUUUCAUCAGAUGUCCAUCAGCACCCCAGUUCUGCUCGUCAUCGACCCCAUCUGGAGCAUCAAGAACCGCACUGAGCUCAGCAACUACUUCUUCGCGGCGCUCAAGAUCCCAGCGCUAUGGAUGAUGGAUUCUGCUCUGGCCACGCAGCACGGCUUCUCCUCGACAGCGACGCUUGUGGUCGACAUUGGCUACCAGAAGACAGACAUCACCCCAGUUGUUGAACAUAAAAUCCAACACAUGCAUCGAAUCCGAGGGUUUACAGAACAAAGCGGGGACGUCAUCACGAAACAUCUCCAUAGCCUCCUGAGCCCUAAGGGGUUCACCUAUGACAUGUGCGAGCAGAUGAAGAAGAGCGGCAUUGUCCAGGUUCUCCUUCAGGGCACACCGAUUCCAGGAGCCAAAUCCACAGGCGAUUCGGAGCCCAACGAGCAGACUGAUGCCGGAGCAAAUGGCGCUCCAUCAACCGCACCUGCGCCUGAGAUCGUCCCGCAGUCUUCUCUGUUGCAGCAGAAUCUAGAUGGUGAUGAGGAACCAUUCAAGGCUGAAGACAAUGAAGGUGUGCUCGACGUGGCCAGUCUUGUCACUGGAGAUAAAAUGGCCGAGUUCCUUGCCGAGAAAGAGAGAGAAAAGGCUGAGAAGGCGGCCAAGGCGAAGAAGGCAGGGGAAGCUGCCAAGAAAUCGAAGAACACUGGUCUGAAAGAGAAGGCAUCGUUCACGUAUGAGGAAUGGGUUCAUGGGAAAAACGAAGUCGCCGCUCCGAAUCUCGGUACGGAUGACUCUGCAAGUGGAGGUGCUGCAAAUGGUGACAGCAACGGUGCUACCAACGGCCAAACGGAACCAGUUGUAGUCCGGCAAGCCGGCUCGAUGCAGUUGAUCCGACGAGAGAUUGAAGUCGGUGCUGAGCGUUUCAUGGCGCUUGAUGACAAUUUCCUCGACGAGCUUUGCUGGGCUAUCUAUCGUUCAGUCCAAGGCUGCGAACCGCAACACCGCGCCCGCCUCUGGGAGAAUAUCGGUCUCGUGGGUCAAGGCUCCAAGAUUAAAGGUCUCAAGGAAUCGAUUCAUGCUACCCUGAUUCGCAAAUAUCUUAUCUCCCCGUCUUCCGCAACCAUGUUCACAUCCGAGCUUCCGUCCAACUUCUCCACUCCGACCGGCACCGGAGCCAACACCCCGCAGCCUCAAGCCGGUGGACAUGGCGGCAGCUCUCUCUUGCAGGCCGCCACGAUUGGCCAGGCAAACCAAGUCGUUGGCCAGUCGGCACUGCCGGCUUUCAAUGCCCUCGCCAUCCCAUCUUUUAACACCAUCGCGCCGUCUAGCCAAACCCCAACGAAGUUUGGCUUUGCCAAAAUCCCGGAUUAUUUCUCCGCCAUGAAGGACUCUCCCGAGCACGCCGCCUUCCUCGGUGCCCAGGUCGCUGCGAAAGGCAUCUUUCAUUCGACGUUGCAACAGGGCGAUCGCGUUCACAUGUCGAGGCAGGAGUUCAACGAGCACGGACCCGCGUACAUCGGCGAACUAUAUUGCUAUGAAUACUGAGUUCUGUGGCGGCUGGUUUGGUCGUGACCACGGGUCAGCAUCGUCUUCCAGGUGUUUAGGUUGGAAAUUGGCUCGAGCCACCUCUUUGGGCAUCCCGAGUGAUUCACGAGGCGAAUUCGAGGCGAAUUGGAGGUUCUUUCGGCUAUAAGCCAUCAUAUCAUGGCCUCGAGGUUCGAGGGUUGAUGGGCAUCGCAACUCCGCAAGGUCAUUAGCACCGCACGGUCAUUAUGCACGUCAUGGCGGCUUUUAAUGGGCCGGAUUGUAUAAAUAUACCCAGG